GCAAAAACUACCAAUACAAUUCUUGAAGUUCUGUCCCCACAGAGCAAUAGAAGUAAGAAAAUUGGAAGUCAAUUCAAUGCUUUUAUGGAUGUUCUUUCAUUCUUGUACUCUUCUUUUUGGAACUCUCUCGCGUUGACGCUAGCAAGUCGACGAUACAAUCCAACCAUUUUUCCACAAUAUGUCGUCUGCAAUGAUUCAAAGCAAGAACGAAAAGACUAUAAAAACGCAGAGCAGCUUACAAAUGUCUCCUCCAUCUGCUAAACCCAAGUUCAAAGCCAAAUGGAUGAAGCAGCCAAGCACCACGCUGAAAAAGCGGCUAAAAUUUCCGCCAGAUACAUUGCUAUUAUUGUUUUUUGUGCACUUGCUCUGAGUCCCACAGGAGGGGAGGGUAGCUGCCCUGUAAAAAAUGGCCCAGUGGCAAACUCUUCUAAUCUCUUAAUAUUUUUACAGCAAGUGCAGCAAUCUGCAUUGCAAACAUUUGGCUCCUCUGAUUUUGAUCCCAAGCGUUAUGUCGAUUUGCCUCUCCGCUAUAAUUUGUCCGUCGCUACACAGGCUUUUUCAGCCUUGCCUCAGCCCUUGCCUUCAAAAGUACUCUCUGAUUUUAUCGGCAAGUAUUUUGGGGAGGCAGGAGAUGAUGUGGGUGUUCAUUCUCCACCGGAUUUUGUCACAGAGCCGAAGAGAUUUUUACCCGGUGUUAAAAAUCAGGAGGUAAGAAAAUGGGCUUUACAGGUGCAUUCUCUGUGGAAAGUACUGAGCAGGAAAGUUAAUAAAAGUGUGGGUGAAGAGCCUGAUGACCAUACCCUUCUUCCUUUACCUGAGGCUCUCAUUAUCCCUGGCUCACGCUUCAGAGAAGUUUAUUAUUGGGACAGUUACUGGAUUAUCAGGGGCCUUCUUGCCAGCAAAAUGUAUGAGACGGCCAAGGGAAUUGUCAACAAUCUGAUGUCACUUAUACACACCUAUGGAUUUGUUCUGAAUGGUGCUAGAACUUACUACACUAAUAGAAGUCAACCUCCUCUCCUUAGUGCAAUGGUACGGGCCAUUUACAUGAAAACAGGGGACCUGACUUUCUUAAAAAAGACAUUUCCUACUUUGUUGCAGGAACACAAAUUUUGGAACUCAGGUUUCCAUAAAGUUACCGUACGUGAUGUGCAUGGCAUCAAACACUCUUUAAGCAGAUACUAUGCAAUGUGGAACACUCCUAGACCAGAAUCUGCAACAAUUGAUAAGGAAACUGCCGAUGGGUUGACACAAGCCAAAAGGAAACUUCUUUACCGCGAGAUUGCUACAACUGCUGAAACUGGAUGGGACUUCAGUUCACGAUGGAUGAGUAAUCAGAAGAAUCUUACAACAUUGCAUACCACUUCUAUCAUACCUGUAGAUCUGAAUACUUAUUUAUUGCAGAUGGAGUUGAAUAUAGCUUUUUUUGCCAAAGCUCUUGGUAAAAAUUCAGUUGCUAAAGAUUUCACUCAAGCUUCUAUUGCUCGGCAACUUGCAAUUGAUGCUAUCUUUUGGAACAAUGACAUGGGCCAGUGGCUUGAUUAUUGGCUUGACCAACACAAAUGUGAAAACAUUCAAAUCACUGAACGGCAGUCUGAGGAAAUCUACACAUGGGAUACAAAAAAUCAAAACAAAAACAGUUUUGCUUCCAACUUUUUCCCAUUAUGGGUAGAGGUUUUUCAUUCAGAUCCUACAAGAGUAGAAAAGGUGAUUCAGAAAUUCCGAACCUCUGGACUUCUUCAACCGGCAGGAAUCUCAACAUCGUUGUUGAAUACAGGGCAACAGUGGGACUUUCCAAAUGGAUGGGCCCCAGUACAGCAUAUUAUUAUUGAAGGUAUAGAAAAACAUUCCUCCAAAGAAGGAAAAGAACUAGCAGAAGACAUAGCUCGGAGGUGGCUUAGGACCAAUUAUGCAGCUUUUAAAAGUACAAAACAAAUGCACGAAAAGUAUGAUGUAGAAGCUUGUGGAAGUAUUGGAAAUGGUGGAGAAUAUACACCUCAGACGGGUUUUGGGUGGUCAAAUGGUGUGGUUCUGGCACUACUAGAAAAAUUUGGCUGGCCUACAAAAAUACCCAUUAGUUGCAGUUAAAUUGCAGCUCUCAACAUCAUUCUGUCUGAUAGAAACAUUUAUAUGAAUAAUUACCAAUACGGUUGGCUUUCCGCUAUGUACUUUGUCACAAUUAUUCAAUAAGACAAAAUGGAGCCAUUUAGUACCAGAAGACAAGAAGUGAGGUAUCUUUGGAGCGAUGCUUUCCUCUGACCAAAAUUGACUGCAGCUUUCUUCUUGAUUCCAUUAUGGAGGUGUUUCACUAACAUCGUCAACAUUUGGCCAUUUUUAGAUCCUAUAUGUUGAUGACAGAUUUACCUUGAGAAACACCAGCAGUUAAAUCUGCUGACGCUCUCAAAGAAAAACAAAAAUGCAACCUAAUUGUGAUUGAUUGAGAAUCGAGAUAUAGAGUAGCGCAUUGUUUCUGUCUCCACUUAAUAUAUAUUAGUUCAUUCUUUCUUCUUAAAUAAUUAUACAAUCAUAAAUCCCAUUUUGCUGUUAA